AUGACUUUGAAACACCCGCCAGCGCCGUCGCCGCCGCUCGAGACGAAGGGCUCUUCCAGUGUCGAAGAAGAAGACCCAGACUCUCCAAAGUCUAGACCACCGCGGGUGAAUGGUCUCGCCGCGCCGCAUUCCCGAGAUCAGUUCAUCUCAUGUUCAGGACAUGUCAUCAGCGGCGUCGCCUUUUACAUCGGCCUGGGUUGCCUGAUGCUGCCUUCGAAUCCAUCCAACCGAGCACAAACGAACCACGCCGCGAUAAACAUGACCUUUCCACGUGAACAAGGAUCCGUCGAGGCAUGGCAAGUGGUCGUCUUCGCCAUCCACAUCGCAACGAUGGCGCUGCUCGUGGUGGCAUGGAUCUCGUGUGAAAGAUGCAACCCGGGCGAGAUCUCUUCCGGAGAGACUUGCGAGUCCUCGUCAUGGCUCGGAGUCGUGUUGGACGGACCGCGAUGGGAUAAGACACGGUACUGCGCCAUCUGCCGCAAGACUAUUCCUGGCAUGGACCACCAUUGUACAUGGUUGAACACGUGCAUCGGGCGACGGAAUUAUGCGCAGUUUUUCACGAUCGCUGUGUGCGGCAACAUCUUGUUCAUGCUGCAAGCUGUCGUGUCUGUCUACUGCUCGUCAUGGAACUACACGGCGCAUCAACCUACUGACGGAGCCGUCCGCGGCCUAGCGCAGAGCGCGUUUGUCGUGUCCGCCGUUGUGUCGGUGCCAUGUCUCGUCAUGUACUCGACCCUCCUCGCUUUCCACGUGUAUUUGUCGUGGCAAGGCUACGGCACGUACGACUACUUUCUCAAACGCCGCGAUGUCCAGCGCGCCGAGCGACGGAAGAAGCGCGACGCGCAGAUGGAAGCCCAAGCGGCAUCUAUCCAAGGACAGCACCAUGGCGAGCCUGCUACUGCUGUUGCUGUCGUCGUGUAGAUUCAUAGAGAGUAGUAGUAGUCCUGUGUACGCUUUAAUGGGCAGCUGACGAAACGGUA